AAACUUUGACAAAACGACAAAUACUGAUGGGACCCAGUUUCGGACCAAACCGGUUACGAAUGAUAAUUCCGGUUAAGAGCGGAGAAAAAGAGAAGAUAAUCGCCGAUGCUGACGUCACCGCCGGUAAUCAAAAAUCAAUCCUCCUUUAACUUUACCCCCAAACCAAAAAAUCCUCUCCUCCUCCACCACUGAUUCUUAUCCUACGCCUCCUCCUUCUCACCCGCGCACGUUAUCCUCCAUGGAGACGACGCCGGAGACUCAAUCAAAAUCCCAUCCCCACCGUCUUCCGCCGGGACGGGAGGACUGGUGGAGCGAGGACGCGACGGCGACGCUGAUCGAAGCCUGGGGAGACCGUUACGUCAACCUCAGCCGCGGAAACCUCCGGCAGAACGACUGGAGAGAAGUCGCCGACGCCGUCAACUCGAUCCACGGCGGCAGCGGAAGGCCGAAGACCGACGUGCAGUGCAAGAACCGGAUCGACACGCUGAAGAAGAAGUACAAGACGGAGAAGGCGAAGCCUUCUCCGUCCUCUUGGUGCUUCUUCGAGAGGCUCGAUUUCUUGAUCGGUCCCGUCGCGGCGAAGAAAUCUACCGGAGUUGUGACACCGGCGUUAAAGAAUCAUACUUUGAAUCAAACCGGAUCUAAAUCGAGUGGAAGCUCUCUGGACGAUGAUGAUGAUGAUGAUGAUGAUGAUGAGGUGGGAGAUUGGGGGUUUGUGGUGAGGAAGCAUCGGAGAGUUGAGGAGGUGGAUCCGAGUGGAGGUGAAGGGUCGUCGUGUAGGGAGCUGGCGAGAGCGAUUUUGAAGUUAGGGGAGGUGUACGAGAGGAUGGAAGGUGCGAAGCAGAGGAUGAUGGUUGAGUUGGAGAAGCAGAGGAUGGAAGCUGCUAAGGAGCUUGAGUUGCAACGGAUGAACAUGUUGAUGGAUAUGCAGAUGGAGCUUGAAAGAUCCAAGCUUGGCAAGUGUAGAGCUGCUGCUGCUUCAGGGAAGAAGUUGUAGAGAUUAGAUUGUGGAGAAGCUAUGGUAGAGCAAUGGUUGGAUCUGAGAAGAGAGCUCAGCUCAUGGAGAUUGGAGAAACUGUUAUUAUUCUUACUCACUAGGUUUCAAGUUAGAGUAAUGCUUUUUUUUUUUGUGUUUACUUAUCUUAUUUAGGGUACAUUGGUAGCAAAGCAGAUUGGUGAAAGAAACUCUUGUAGUAAUCUGACAGACAUAUCAACAUGUACUUUUGUCAAGUGUUUAAUGUAUUAUCGUUUGUGUAUCAAUGCCUGCAGUUCCAAAUA